ACAUGGGUGCGUGCGCACGUUUCUCUCCAUCGGGUAACACGAUUUGGCUGUGAAUAUAGCAGGAAGGGGGAGGGGGUUACAUCGUCCCACUCGCGAUCGCACGCUACAUAAAUUGACUGAUGUUCCCAUGUACAAUAGCUUCUGGGAAAACAAGAUGACUGUAAAGCAUGUUCAUCAGUAGAAACGUCUAAACAAUAGAAAAUAUAAAACUGGCUUAGCUUGCAUUUGCAAAAUUUCAGAUGAUUAAAAAUCGAUGAAGUUAAAUUGCCAAAAUUGAGAAAUAUGGAAAAUAUUGGGGAUAUUUCAACUAUUCCCAUAAUGGAGAAACAACCAGUUAUAUUAGGAAACCAAAAUACUGGGACAAUGUCAGGCACAACUCCUGCUCUUUAUGUUCUUGUGAAGCAGAGCACUGGUAAACCUGAUCAAGGAACCUUGCUUUCAAAUCAAGAUAACAGCAGUCUUCUCAGCAGUGCAGCAAAGCCAGUGAAACCUAAAGCAAAGACAUACCUUCCAGCUGAUUGUGCUUCAGGGAAUAUCACUGUUAUGCUGGACAACAAUAAUAUGUGGAAUGAAUUCUAUCAUCGCAGCACUGAAAUGAUUUUGACAAAACAAGGGAGACGAAUGUUUCCAUAUUGUCGAUACUGGAUAUCAGGCCUAGAAUCCAACCUCAAGUACAUCCUAGUCAUGGAUAUUUCUCCUAUUGACAACUUCCGGUAUAAGUGGAAUGGCCAUAGUUGGGAACCCAGUGGAAAGGCAGAACCUCAUGUGCUGGGAAGAGUGUUUAUUCAUCCUGAAUCACCUUCUACUGGUCAUUACUGGAUGCAUCAACCAGUAUCUUUCUACAAAUUGAAGCUUACUAAUAAUACAUUGGACCAGGAAGGACAUAUCAUUCUGCAUUCUAUGCAUCGGUAUUUACCUCGACUACACCUGGUGCCUGCUGAAAAAGCUACAGAGGUCAUCCAGUUGAAUGGUCCUGAUGUCCGUACUUUCACUUUUCCACAGACAGAAUUCUUUGCUGUGACUGCAUAUCAAAACAUCCAAAUUACACAACUAAAAAUAGACUAUAAUCCAUUUGCUAAAGGAUUCAGAGAAGAUGGCUUGAGUAGUAGACUUCAGCGUGACAUGAAGCAAAAUGGUAGCUCAGAGCACGAAGGUAAUAGUGUUACAAGUUCUCCUACUAAUCACAGGCAUCCCCUUGAAGGGAAUAUUUUGGAUCCAUCACAGAAACUAGACCUACCACCUAGUGGGAUAUGUGACCCAGAUUUGGAGAAAGAGUCCCUUAGUCCAUAUCAUGAGUUCUUACAUUUUGCGGAGUCAGAUGUACAUGCAGGCGAUGAUCAAGGAUUAAAGGAAGAAGCAUCAGAAAGUCCAAUAUCCAAUCCUUGUCAAAAAUUGUCACAUGUGACAUCCCAGCUUACUCAAGAGAGAGGAAUCAACGUGUCUGUAAAAGAAGAACCAUUAGAUAACUAUGAAUAUGAACCUCUAAUUUGCAUGGAAGGGGUAAAUGUGAAGGAAGAAGAAACCAAUAACAUUGCAGAAGAAUAUUCCAAAAGUGACAGCUCCAUAUUGGAGCAGCAGCUGGAGAAAUACAGUAAAAUAGAUAAAAUGGAUAUUGAAUUCCACAAGGAACAACAAAUAAACCAGUUGGGUGUUGCCAAAGCAAAAAUGCUAAAAUUAGAUAGUGGGAAGAUGCCUGUAGUUUACCUAGAGUCCUGUACAAUGACCAGGGAUACAGUGAAAGUCUCUGCUCUUUCACAGGCAUUAAUGACAACUAAGAAUGAAAAGUCUCCAAAUUCAUUAGAUUCUUUCCCUGCUCAUUUUGAAAAUAGAAGUAUCUCUAGCCCUCCUGAAGUUGAGGAAACUGAGAAGAUUACAACUGAUAAAAUGGUAUCUGAAAACAUAACACCACAUAUACCUUCAGAAGAAGAUGUACUAGGGAUAAGUACUGAAACAUACAGCAGCCUCAAUACAACUGAAAUAGAGUCCAGUCGUGAUCUCAAGGCCCCUGCCACCAGCAGCCCAUCUUUAGCUAAAGUUAUCUUUGAUGACCAAAACAUAAAUAUGUUGAAGACUCAUAUUUCUGGCAAGAGUAUUGUUGGCAGUCAAAAUGUUGGGGUGUCAGGCCCAAAGAAGCGAGGAAGACCACGGAAAUCAAAGUUAUCUGAAGGUGGAAGAUCAUCUAAAUGCAUUGCAAAAUCUGAUACAACCAAUAAUGAUGUCUCUUUGGGAAGUGGUAGUACCCAUUUGGAUGUUAACCCUGAUCUUGAGGACGUGGAUGGAAUGCUUUUUGUAUCCUUUGUAUCCAAGGAAGCACUUGAUAUCCACAGUUUUGAUAGAGUUGAAGAAAAAGAACUGCAAAAUACACUGAACAAUUCACUGGCUACAUGUAAUCCGUGCACUGAUUCAGAUAGUCAAAGAAUACAACAGAUGGAAAAAGAAUUGUUAGAAGAUUUAAAAUCUUUUAAGUACAAACAAGUAAUACAUCCAAGUCUUCAAGAAGUGGGUUUAAAAUUGAAUUUUGUGGACCCAACAAUGAGUAUUGAUCUGAAGUAUUUGGGUGUGCAGUUGCCAUUAAGUUAUUCAGAGGAAUAUGCUUCAUGGAAAAAUGAAGGAACUGAUUCCAAUUCUGCUGAUACUGGACUUCAUUUUAUUUCAAGGACUGGAAAGACAAAUGAUAUCACAAAAAUAAAGGGUUGGCGAGGAAAAUUUCACAACACUUCAAAAAAUGAAGGCAUCAUUUUAGAAGGCUUGUUGAAGAAUCGAUCUGCCUUCUGCAGUGACAAACUUGAUGAGUACCUAGAAAAUGAAGGAAAGUUGAUGGAAACAAGCAUUGGAUUUUCUCCUAGCACAUCUAGUUCUCCUGUAGUUUAUCAGCUUCCAACUAAAAGCACCAGCUAUGUGCGAACAUUAGAUAGUGUUCUAAAAAAACAAUCCACUGCUUCUAAUUUAAGUUCUUAUACUUCCAAACCUCUGGACUUACCUUCUAUUUCUAAAAAGAUAAAAGAGAAAAUGAAGAAUAAAAAACAAGCAAUCUCAAAAGGCAAAGAAAAAUCUCCCCCCAAAGGCACAAUAGGUUUAUCUGUUGCAAAAAAACACAAACAUAAACUAAUCUCAGAAGAGAAAGUUUCUAAAUCUCAGGCAAUUGACUGCCUUUCUCAGACAGUUACUGAGAAAGAUGCUUCGAUGGUGUCGGGCACAGAGGGAAAUUUGCAGAGCAAACAAAUUACUAUGCGUCAGGUGCAGCAGCAACAGGGCAGUCGCUUGUCAACUUUAUCCAAGACUCAGUUGAAACUGCUGGAUCUCGAAGAUUGCGCAUUGUGGGAUGGCAAACCACGGACAUAUAUUACAGAGGAACGAGCUGAACUAUCUUUGACAAUUUUGCUGACUGCUCAGGCUUCACUCAAAAACAAACCUAUUCACAAAAUAAUUAAAAAGAAAGCACCACCAUGCAACAAUGAUUUUUGUCGGCUUGGGUGUAUCUGUUCUAGUUUGGCUGUUGAAAAACGUCAGCCAACACACUGUCGCAAACCAGAUUGCAUGUUUGGAUGUACUUGCCUAAAAAGAAAAGUUGUCUUGGUUAAGCACAAAAAGAUCCAGGAGAAGCCUCUGCAUGGGAAGCAUAAAUUAUAUUGUGAAGGAAAUCAGGAACAACAAACAAACAUAAUAGCAAAAGAUGAUCAAGAAAAAAUGAAACUAAAAGAUAAGAAGAAGAAAAAGAAGAUUGAAUAUACUAUUUGUGAUACAGAACCAGAAAAACCUGUUAAAAAUUUUCCAUUGUGGGUAAAAAAAGAUGGAGAGAUGGAUCCAGAACCAAUUUAUAUCCCAACUCCAUCAGAUGUUGAGGCAACAAUGUCGCCUGUUCCAGACAUCAUACCAACUGAUGAUAAACCUACAGCAAUUGAAGUUAAUUCAAUGGGCAAUGGAGUUAAGCCAUUACGAGUAUAUACACCUAGACCCAAUCCAGUGAUUCGAGAAGAAGAUAAGGACCCUGUUUAUCUAUAUUUUGAAAGUAUGAUGACUUGUGCUCGUGUGCGAAUAUAUGAACGGAAAGUACAAGAGAAAGGUCAGCAGGAAAAAUGCCCCUGGAAUUGUGAAAAACAUAUUGAAAAGGAACAUGAUGCAGAUCCCCAGCCCCUGAAAAUUGAAGAGGAUAAAGAUCCUGGAGAGAAAAGCUGGUGGUUUUCCUGUAGUGCUGAGCAUCCAUCUACUUCUUAUGUUCAUCGUAUUACCCCAGAUGGCAAAAACAAACUAAUUGAGAUUAUUUCUGAUUGCAACUGGGAGGAGGAUCGCAAAGAGAUCUUGAGUAUCUUAUCACAGCAUAUCAGAAAUAAGAUGCCUAAAUCACUCAAAGUAGGCCAUUUUAUUAUUGAGCUAGAAUCUGAAAGCAAAACCUGGGAUGAAAAGCACACACCUAUCUAUUCUUCACGAGUGAAAAUCUCCAUGCCACCAUGUCAGAACAAGAACCAAAACCUUCCUGUUGUUGUUGAGUCACCUAAUGCUGGAUUGUCACCGUGCAAAAGAACCGAAAAAUUAACCCCUCAAAAAUUACAGAAACAGAGGAAGAAAGGUUUACCCUUUUAUGCAGGACUUUCUUCUGCAGGAAAGCUGAUUGCUAACACAUGCAAAUAUGACUUGAAUCCCUCAGGUUCGAUUCAGGUUAAUGGUAAACAUUCUCCUCAAGCCAAACUUAUUUUGGGACAGAUGGGAGCAUUGCAUCCAGCCAGUCAUCUAGCAGCUUAUCUCAUGGGUAGACUGCAACCGACCAUGUCUGAUCUCUCAACAACAAACGUCAAGAUAGCACCCAGUAAUAAACUUGCUGUUUCUGAAUCACUGCCAACUGAAGCGUCCCCAUCAGAAGCAUCCAAAACUCCAUUUUCUGCUGAUACUACAUCAGUUUCCACUGCUCGUGUAUCAUCACAGAGACAGAUAGCUCCUCGGCCAUUAUUAGAUGGUGUGACCAAUCAGUUCACCUUUCUAAAUAUUGUUGGAGGUCUACAGAAGAAGGCUUCUGAAACUGGAUCAUCUCAAUCUCUGACAAGACCACAGAAAUCUAAUACCAAAUCUAUCUCGUCUUCUGCUAGUUCAACCACAGUUGUUACUACAACUGCUAUAACUUCUGUAGCAUCCCUUCCUGUAACAAUUUCCAGCCCUUUGCAGAAUAACAGUCCUGACAUUGCUUGCACGAAUACUGUUGAAAAACAAGAAAUAAAUAUACCCUCAGCCAUGGAUGCUGUGGAAAUGACAAAGCCAGUUACAAGCAUGCCUUUUGGUCAGUCUUCAAUUCCAGUUUCUACGUCCACAGCUGUAAUCCCACUCCCUGUGACUUCACCAACUUCAUCAGUUAGCUGUGUUCAACCCACUGGACUCUCAGGAAUUCAAAAAAGCCCUGUGUCAAAUCAAAAACAGGGUGCUACAAGUCCUCCAGGUUUGCCUCGUGGAGCAGAGUAUCGUAUGGGAACCCGUUUUAUUUUGAUUCCAGUACAGCAGUGUUCUUCUAAUUUGCGACCUUCACAAAAUAUGCAACUUGCUUCUGGCAAAAGAAUAGUUUUGCAACCUUUGAGACAUCCAGGUGCUGUUAAUCUCUACCGACACCCCAAUGGCCAGAUUAUCCAACUUGUUCCCUUGCAACAACUUCAGACUUCGGGAGCACAGUCCACUUUACAGCCCAUAAUGUUCCGUAACCCAGGCUCUGUGGUAGGAAUCCGACUUCCUGGGCCUUCUAAGCUUCCUGAAAUAGCCGCGUGUCAAGCUUCUGCUAUUCCAUCAGUGACCUCCACUACGACUUCAAUGCUGUCUACAUGUCCUUCAGUUUUAUCUGAAUUCUCAACCGCAGAGAACAUUUCUGUUUUAUCUGGGACAUCAAGCGCAACCACUGCACUAUUAGCACAGACUCCUACCACUGAGUCCUCGUUAGUGCUCCCCAUGUCCUCUAAUGCUUUAUCUUUAUCCCCCUCUGCUGAAGCAUCUUCGCUUUUGUCCAUGACCUCUACUACUGACAUUCCUUUGUCGCCCACAACCUCUUCUACUACACUUGCAUCUUCUACAGCUGCAAUUUCACCAUCCCUACCCUAUUCUAUGCCUGUUUCCCCUACCAAUAAGUCCCCUUCAGUUUUCACAGUGUCACCUAAUGGUACUAAUUCUCUGUUGCCUAUGCCUCCUUCUACCAUACUUAUGUCUUCUAUCAUUGAGGGCACUUCUGCUGCUUCAGAAUCCCUUGUCACAAAUUGGACAUUACAGGACAUGAGAACUACAGCCGUGCAUUCUGCUUUGAUAACUCAAGUAACACCUGUUAAUUCUUCAGGUUCUGUGUCCCCAGUUGGUACUUUGACUCUGAGAAUUUCUCCUUCUGGAAUAAAAAACAAUUCCGAUCAAACGGGUUCUCAGUCUAAAAUAAGGUGUAAUGCCAGUGAGGUACCAAGCAAUAUAAAUAAUCUAAUAUCUCUACAGUCAGGCAGUUUUGCUUUGCUUCAGUUUCCAGGGCAGAAGAAUGAUCCAGGUUCCAUUGCAAAGAAAGUUGCACCUCUUGAGAUUAAAAUUUCACAUAAGACAAAUGAGCUCAGUGCCAAUAAGUUAAAAGAAGAUUCCAUAUGUUCACAAAUGGCAGAAAUUACUGGCUCAGAAAUUAGUAAAUUAAAAGAAAACAAUCUACCAGACUUCCAUUCCGAAGAAAUAACAUGUAACAGGAAUAUAUCAGAAAUAAUUGAAAAAGAUGCUGAAAUAUUGAAGUUACCAAAUUUUUCUCUCAUGUUACAAGCUAAUAUACAAUCGGACCACUCCUAUACCAGUGAGAAGCAAAAAGGUGAAGAAGAUGAAGCAUUGAUUAAGAAAACAAAUCAAGACAAAGAUGAUGAACACCCCUUAGAUAAAGUUCCAUAUCCUAAUGAAAAAUGUGAUGAAGUUGCUCACAAUAUAUUACCAGAAAAGUCAACGCAAGAUCCAAUUACUGAAUCAAAAAAAGCUGAACAAAAACCAUUAGAUACAAAAGCAGGAUUGAUUACUGAACAGUCCUGGUGGAAACCAGGGAAACCAGCUCAGCCCCCCAAAACCCUAAAUAAUACCGAAAAGCUGCAAACAAAGACCAAACCAUCUGUAGAUCCAUGGAAAAACGAAGAUCCAGAAUUGCCAAUACAGAACAUGAAGGAGAAGUGUGACUUUGUGGCUAAAGAAAAGGAUAAAGAAAAAGUAAAUGAGAAGGCCAAGAUCAACAUUGGAAAAAAUAAUACCUUAGGAAAUGAAUACCUGGAUAGUACUCACAAAGAUUUAUAUGAAAAAAAUACUGAUUUUCAAAGUAACUUUUCUAGUUAUGAAAAAAGUAUUAAGGAUAUACAAGAAGAUAAUCAAAAUAAGAAAGUUGUGCACAAGAUUAGUAAAACUUGUGGCAAAAUAUCCAGACCAUCUUUAGUUGUACAAAACAAAAUCAAUGUGGGUGCUGAUGAACUUGCGGAGAAAUUAACCAAAUCCACAAAACAAAACACAUGGAAAACCAAGAAUCACAGAAAAAAUGCCUCAUCUCUUAUUGAUAUUAACUGGGAUGAUGCAGAAAAAGAUGAAAAAACAGAAGAAUCUGCUAAUGAGAUGGUUGAUGAAGCAUUUGGGUAUCAAAGUGAGGAUACAGUAAAUGUUGAAGUAUUGAAUGGAAGUGAAUCCAGUGAAUUUGAGGAGACUGUGGAUAUUGAGACUGUGGAGGAAUUUUCGGAAAAAGUUAAUCUUGCUCACUUGAAGGCUACAGCUGCUCAUGCUUUGUUGUCCAAACAGUUGCACUUGGUUCGUAACCAUUCUAAUAAGACUAUCAAGCGGCAUAAGCAAUCUGAGUUUCCCAACAAAAAGGUAAAGAAUGAGGAACAGGCCUUUGCUAACUAUCGGCAAACACAUACGGCAAAUGAACGUCGACGUCGAAAAGAAAUGAGGGGACUCUUUGAAAAAUUGAAAGCAACAUUAGGACUCCAAGCUUUUCCAAAGGUUUCCAAAUGCUUCAUCUUAAAACAAGCAUUGGAAGAAAUCCAGGGUCUGACAGAUCAAGCAGACAAACUCACAGGACAAAAAAACUUAUUGUUGCACAUGCAGGAUACCUUGGUUCGUAAAGAAUCUGCACUUUCAGGAGAGACACAAGAAGUGGUCUUGAAGAAGUUAGAAUACAUUUAUGCCAAACAGAAAGCAGUAGCAGCAGCUCAAAAAGGGAAGCAGAAAGAACAAACAGAUCCUACGAAGAUGAUUGAAUCUACAGAGACUGCUAGUCCCUCUGUGGAAAAAGAUCCUACUUCUGUCCUUGGAGAGGUGAAGCCAGUGGUCUUAUCCAAGCAACGUACAAAACCAUUGAUACUUUCCAGGAAAGGAAACCAUGUCACAGAAGACCUACCUCCUUCUAUAACAUUAACCAAUGCCAACCUUUUAAUGACUACAAAUGGCCAGGUUCUGGCAUUCAGAAACUCAUUGGUGCCAAGACAGGUUACGGACCUGCCUUCCACACUUCUACAAGCCAAAGUCAAAUCAGAAAUGGUGGGCAAUGAUGAAAAAGAGCAGUCAGUAGAAAAUGAAGAUUCAUUCUUGAUGCCAAGAAUCGUGAAUGUGACAUCACUAGCUACUGAAGAAGAAAUAAAUUUAAAUCCGGAUGCAAAUAAAGGACCUUAUACAAUGCUAAAUACUGAUUCUGGGGCAUCUGAACUUUCCAUGCAAGUUUUAUCUCAGGAAACAUCCAAUCAUAAAUGCAAAGAAAACGAAGACGGUUCUGAAAAAGAGAGAAACAUUACAAAAGAGAGAACAACACAAGAUCUGCUUCAGGACAAAUAUAGUUUUCCACAAAUAGUAAAUGUCUCCAGUUUAAAAGGUUCCCCAGAAAUAUUUGGAACAAAGCUCUGCUUUGAAGAAUUAACUGGAAGCCAGACAUGGGUCAAAGAGGUAGAUGGAGGUGGAGGAGAUUGUCAAAAGUCAAAGAAACCCUCGUUGCAAAAGCUACAGGUUAACAAAGCCAAGGACCCUGGAUCCGAAAUGGAACGGCAGCAAGUUGCUUCUGUAAUUCAUGAACCAACAAUGGAUACAAGCAGUUCAGUAGAUAUAGAGGAGAAUGAUGAUACAGAUGAAACUCUGACCUCACUUCUGAAUGAAAUUGCAUUCCUCAAUCAGAAGCUGAGUGAUGAUACUUCAGACAUACCAGAAAUCAGUUCUAGCUUUUCUCUAGCAGAUACAGAAAGUCGCCAAGAAUCAAACUCGGCAAGUAGCUCUGCCUUCCAAUUUGGUACAGUGGAUGGGAAUUUUAAGGAUCUUUCUAUGAUUCAAGACAAUGGUGAUUCCAUAACUCCUCUCCUACUUCACUUGGAUGAUGAUGAUUUUCCUGUUGGCAAUAGAAAUGCCGGAGAGGUUUCAUCAGAACCUGAUGCUUUAAAAAUCAUGCUAGGCUCCGAAGUAAAGGACAGAAAUUCCAACCUGUUAAAAAUAAACGGAAAUGGAAAAAACACGGAAUCCUCAGCAAAGACAAGAAGUGUUUCACCUCCCAUUCUUCAUAUGAAAACUAAUUUAGAAGCUGGCAUAUCUGACAUGUCAUGGAGGCCUAUGCCCAAAUUGGCACCACUGGGGUUAAAAACUGCUAAUCACUCAUUAGAUUCUGAAGGACAAAGUACUAAAGUGAUGCCUGCACUAGCAUCUGUUGCUUCAAAAGAGAAGAAAUUGGCACAGUCAGCGAUUAAUCCCAGUCAGGAUUCUAAAGCAACAAACACAAAAGCAACUGCAGUGACAAAAUCAAAUUAAUCAUUGUGACUUUAAGUUCAGAUUUUAAUAUUUUUUUUCUGACUUUUGAGACUUAAAAUCUAGAUGUAGGAUAGACAUGUGCAUUUAUUUGGCUGCUUGCAAUUCAUUGUCAUAUAUUGUAAAAAGUAUGUACGUAAUUUAUGAAAACAAAGUUUUAUACUAGAGAUUAAGAAGUCAAAAAGAAUAAGAGACUAACCAGAUAGAUGAAUAAUGCAAAUGCUUCAUUUAUCUGUUAUUUUAAUGGAACUUUUGUAAAAUAUGUUGAGGCUCUUGAACAAUUACAUGUUUGAGACAUUCAUUCUGGGAAGAAAAAAUGCAGAGCUAAGUUAUUUUCUUCAUAACAAUUAAUGCAGUGAGAAUUUUAACUGCUUUGCUUAAGCUCCAGUGGAGUUGCUCUUAAUUGGCAGGAACGUUGUCAUGGUUAUCUCCUUUGUACAACAUUGCCACAGAAUAACUUUUUUUAAAGUAUUUUAAAAAAUCAGGAAUGUAAGUGGUUUGUAUAAAUAUAUUAUGUGUUCAGGAGCUCAGAUUAAAGCAUUUCAGCAACAAAGUAUUUUCUAUAAUACAAUGUUGUUUACUUUUGGCGCCUGGUGUAAAGCAAGUGUAAGUGAGAUUUCAUAUUGUAAAAUGAUUUAUAUUUUUGUAUACAGUUUUUUGUAAGUAUGUACAAUAAUGACAUUUUUCAUCUAGGAAAAGAUAUUAAAUAUUUCCAAAUGAUUGUAAAUGAUGCAUUUUUCACUAAGUGUGAAGCAUUUAAGUACUUUGAACAAAUUGUUAUAGGAAACCUUAAAACUUGUGUAUUUUAGGUAAAUUCAUUAAGGAAGGUAAUGUUACCCCAACAUAAAAUGUUAAAACUGUCUUCAUUUAUUAAUAUUUGAAGCUUCCUUCUCUUAUCAUGUGGAUUGAAUUAACUGUUGAGAGUCACUUUUCUGUAUAGGUAUGAGAAAUGAGCAAUUCUGGUAUGCUUAUAGUGCCAAGGUUUACAUGUAGCAAACAGGCAUGAGUCAGAAUUAUUUCUGGUAGGUAUUCCUGAGCUUUUAAAAAUAUAUGCAGACUGAGUUUAAGGAAAAAAAGUGGUUCCUAAACCCUUUUUCUUUCUCAGAGAUUUUUACAGAAAUAACAUUGCUAUGUUCAUCUGCACUGGCUGUUAAGCUUCAGAAGGUUAACAGAAUUACAGGUUUAGUUUUUCCUUAAAUCAAUGCUGUUGAUUAAAAGCUUUAUAAUAAUAGAAAGGAAAAGUUGUCAAAGUAUUAAGCAGUGUGGAUUAAACAAUUUGUUCUUUGUGGCUGCACAUAUUGCUUUAUGCAAGGGGUCCCAAACUUGGCAACUUUAAUUGCCAAGUUUGGAGAUCUCUGCUUUUUGCUAUAUUUCAGUUUAUUAUAAGGUUUUCUUAUGUUUCUUGAUUCACUAUGUUCAUUCAGUGCCUUAGGACAUGAAAAGAACUUUUGUACAUCACAAUUUAAUUAAAAUCUGACUGACCCGUUUAUUUUAAGGCUCAGAUUCCAAUGUAACACAAGCCUUUUAAAUGUUUUGUUUGGACAUGCAACUGAGAAUGUGGUUUCUCUGAGAGCCUGUGUCCCACAGACAUCAGCAGAUGUGUGAACAUCAGCACUGAUAGGAUCCUUGGAUGUAGAACAGUAAAUCAAGGCAGCUCUCAUGAGUACCUCAACUCCUUGUCCUUAGGAUUUCUGACUGUAUGAAAUCCUGCACUUGAACACCUUGCUUGUUCAAGCAAAAAAGCCUGAAGAAGGCUUGUGGCAAUUUGCUUACCUAUAUUAAAUAAACAUAAAACAAAUUACGCCAACCCUUUAUUUUGUGAAAGGGCCAUUACAUUAGAAAUUUGACUAAAACAUAGCAUUAUUUUUUCAUUCUUUUCUCAUUCCUUUUUCCUAGUUGCUUGUUUUCUGAGCUAUAGACUGCCCUACCACAUUUCACUUUAAAACAAAUUAUAUCAUUAUAUCAUUACAAUUAGGGUCAUUUGGCCUCUUGCCUAAACAAGAC